AUGCAUUCCACAAUCAAAAGUUCUUCACCUAACUCUAGGUAUCGAUUCUCCAUAAAUAUAGGAAAAGACAAGGAGAACACACCUGGAGACGCAAGAAGAGACCACGAGAGAGGUGAAGAAAGUGGAAAGAAGCACCCAAAGUCGCCGGAAAACACACCGGAGACUCGCCUGAAAAACUCACUGCCGGCGACCCAACCUCAGCCAAACCAGCCCAAAUCUUUAGAGAAUGUGCUCCUCGACGCCAGGAGCGUGGGGGCGCUCGCGGUUUGUGAUUUGGAGGUCGGGAGAGGAAGUUAUGGCCGGAAAAUCGAAGGAGAAGGUGAAAGGGGCGAUUUUCCGGCGAGAGGGGGCUGA